AUUCGAUUAGAUUAAAUUCGUUAAAAUUUCUUACCAAAUUUAUUCGUUAAUUUGGGAACAAUAAAAAUCAUUGAUUAGAUGAUAAUUAAUGAUCAACACAAUGACUAGUAAAACGAAUGCACCUAGUACGAUUUCCGAUACGAAAAAUCAUCUGGCUGAAUUGAUCAAAAAACGAGCCGAAAUGCAGCAAUCAUUACGGACAUUGGAACAACAGAUUUACAAUUUUGAAGGAUCAUAUCUUGAAGAUACAUACCAAUAUGGUAAUAUUAUUAAAGGAUGGGAACGAUAUCUAUCGACAAAUCGAACGAAUCAAUCCAGUUCGGAUAGAAAAAAUGUUCGAAAAUUCAAGGAAGCUGAUCGUUUGUUUUCCAAAUCAUCGGUCACGUUUCAGUUAGUAAAAGAUAAUGAACAUGGACAGAAUGAAGCAGAUAUACAUAAUGCAAAUAGUGGAUCUGAAGAUGGCGAAUCAAAUUCUGUUGAUGAAAAUAUGAACUCUUCAAAAUUAUCCAAAGUAUCGAAUAAAUCGAAAAAGAAUAUGGCCAAACGACCGAAAAAGGAUGAUUAAUCUGCUCAACAUAUAUUGUUCUCAAUUCUUUGAUUUUUUUUCCAUUAUCUGCAACGAAAUUCUGUAUUUGUAUCCGAAAAAAAGAACAAAUCGAGAGAAAAAUUAUGCUGUACAUUUAUUCAUUUAUUUUUUCAAC